UGAAGGGCGAAGAGGGGGGCGGAGCCUAAGGCCUGAGCCAAGAUGGCGGCUGGGAAGCCAACCCGCACGGACUCUCUCUCGUUCUGCCUCGUGCAGCUCACGGCGGCGGCCGGGGAGGGUCUAGGUGGGGGGAAGGUCACAGCUACCAACGAGACACCCUUGGGCCGUGCGCUUUUAGCCCUCCGCACGCGCCACGUCAAGGCAUCAGGGGGAAUCGAGCGCUUCCGGGCACGCGGCGGGCUCCGCCCCCUCCUUGCACUGCUACGGCGAGCGGCGGCAGCGGGCCCCGCCCCAUCCCAGGCUGGCCCCGGCUCCGCCCCCUCGUCGGUCGAGUCAGCGGCUGCUGCUGGCUCCACCCUUUCGUCGGGCCCCGCCCCCACCAAUUCGGCGGCGGCGCUCUCGCCGCCAGCGCGCCUGCGCAAGACCCUGGACUUGGCGCUCAGCAUCCUUGCCAAUUGUUGUACGGAAGGGGCGUGCCGGGCUGAAGUGCGCAGACUCGGAGGUAUCCUCUCUUUGGUGACUAUUCUUCAGUCCAUAAAGACAGACAGCAUCCAAAAUCGAACAGCCCGUGCUCUGGGGAACUUAGCCAUGGAACCUGAAAGCUGUGGGGACAUCCAUUCUGCUGGUGCUGUUCCCCUGCUUGUUGAGAGCCUCACGGCCUGCCAGGACUCACAGUGCCUGCAGAGUGUGGUUCGUGCCCUACGCAACCUGGCUGACUCACCCCAGCACCGCCUGGCCUUGGCACAGCAGGGAGCAGUGCGUCCCCUGGCUGAGCUUCUGGCCUCUGCCCCAGACCCUGCACUGACCUUGGCCCUUGUUCGUGCCCUUCUGGAGCUGAGUAGAGGCUGCUCCCGGGCCUGUGCUGAGCAGCUAAGUCUGGGUGGGGGACUAGGCCCACUCGUCAGCCUGGCAUCGCACCCCAAAAGGGUGGUACGGGAGGCAACUAUCCUGAUCCUUGCCAACCUGUGUGCCCAGGGCUUGGUACGGCCUGCACUGGGCAAUGCUGGUGGCGUGGAGGUGCUGCUGAGUGAGCUCCGGUGGCGCCGGGGCCCCAGUGGGUCUGGUCCAGCCUCCCAGCAGCCUUUGGUUCGGGCUGUGUGCCUGCUGUGCCGAGAGGCCAUCAACCGGGCUCGAUUGCGGGAUGCAGGUGGUUUGGAGUUGCUGAUGGGCCUGCUGCAGGACCCUCGUUCCAGUGCCUGGCACCCUCAUGUUGUGGCUGCCCUCGUAGGCUUCCUCUAUGAUACUGGGGCCCUGGGCCGGCUACAGGCUCUAGGACUUGUACCUCUCUUGGCUGGGCAGCUGUGUGGUGAGGCUGGUGAUGAGGAAGAAGAAGGAAGAGAAGCUGCUUCCUGGGAUUUCCCAGAGGAGCGGACUCCUGAACGGACAGAGACUGGAAGCUUCCGAAGCCUGAGGUCGUGGCUGAUCUCUGAGGGCUAUGCCGCAGGCCCAGGAGACAUCUCUCCUGACUGGUCCCCUGAGCGCUGUCCUUCACUGCAGUCGGAGCUGUCAGAACCAGCGGAGCCAGCCAGCCCUGCACCCUGCCCAACCUCACAGCGGACACCCCGCACACUGCGCACUCCAGGCCGUAGCCCUUCCACUGAGGAGCCUUGGGGCCGUGAGGGGCCAGCACUCCUGCUGCUGUCACGCUUCUCCCAGGCUCCUGACCCGAGUGGGGCAUUGGUGACCAGCCCAGCUCUGUGUGGUCUACUGGCCUAUGUGACAGGUGCACCAGGUCCACCAUGUCCACGUGCGCUGCGCAUCCUGGCACGCCUCACCUGCAACCCUGCCUGCCUUGAGGCCUUUGUACGCAGCUAUGGUGCUGCAUUGUUGCGUGCCUGGCUCGUGCUUGGUGUUGCCCCGGAUGACUGGCCUGCAUUGCGUGCCAGGCCUGCUCAAUGCAGCCAGCACCGGGAACUGGGUGAGAUGCUGCUGCAGAACCUGACCGUGCAGGCUGAAUCACCUUUUGGAGUUGGUGCCCUCACUCACUUGCUGCUCUCUGGGAGCCCUGAGGACCGCGUGGCCUGCGCACUGACCCUGCCCUUCAUCUGUCGGAAACCUUCUCUGUGGCGCCGCCUACUACUGGACCAGGGUGGCCUCCGUCUCCUCCUCUCAGCAUUAACUCGACCAGCUCCACAUCCACUCUUCCUUUUCUUUGCUGCAGACUCCCUUUCCUGCCUCCAAGGCCUUGUUUCUCCUGCUGCAAGCCUUGCCCUCCCACCUGCAAUACCCUUGAAACUAGACCCACCCUCGCCUUGCCUCUAUGAACAUCUGCUGGGCCCAGCCCCCAUCCCAGCCCCCGACCUGCAUUUCUUACUGGACUCAGGCCUACAGCUUCCUGCCCAGCGAGCUGCCUCUGCUACUGCCUCCCCUUUCUUCCGGGCCCUGCUAGCUGGCAGCUUUGCCGAGGCCCAGAUGGACUUGGUGCCACUUCGAGGCCUGUCACCUAGUGCAGCCUGGCCUAUCCUGCAUCACUUGCAUGGCUGCCGAGGCUGUGGGGCUGCCUUGGGGCCUGUUCCCCCACCAGGCCAGCCCUUGCUGGGUUCAGAGGCUGAGGAGGCACUCGAGGCUGCUGGCCGUUUCCUGCUGCCUGGGCUGGAAGAGGAGCUUGAAGAGGCUGUGGGCUAUAUCCACCUGGGACCCCAGGGUGGCCCAGAGUCAGUGAGUGAAGUAUUUCGCCUGGGCCGGCCUCGGCUGGCUGUGCACUGUGCCCGCUGGACACUGGGACCAGGGCAGUGCCCACGGAAGCGGGCCUUGGCCCUCAUGGGGCUUGUGGAGGCUGCAGGCGAGGAAGCAGGACCCCUGACUGAGGCUUUAUUGGCUGUGGUGACAGGUUGAAUUGGGAAGCAAGGGUCCCAGCCUAGACUGUUGAUGUACCCUGGGAGGGGACCCAA